CUGGACGGGGAGGCUGUUGCCGGGGACUCAAGUUUUAUUAGACGACUGCGCGAGGAUUCCGGCAGCAGCGUUUUGAGUUAUGGUCGCGGCUCCGUCACUCGUCAGAAUGAUGGGGGUUUCUCGGCCGGCGCGCGCCUCGGCGGAUUGCGACCGGAAUAUGUGAGGCAGGGGCGGUUUCGGCCUCGCCGGAUGGCUCUUUGCGACACGACCGCCGCAAAUGUCCCUAAAAUGAUGGCCGCGUACAAUGGUGGCUCCUCAGCCGUGGCAGCCCAUCAUCACCACCACCAGCUCCAGCACCUCCAGCCUCCCCACAUGCACCACUCGCACCACUCCCACCACCACCAACACCAACAGGCGGGGCCCCAUCCCCUGCAGCACCCGGGCUCGGCCGCCGCCGCCGUGCACGCGGCGCAGCAGCACACCUCCACGGCCGUGGCCGCCACCGUCAUGCUCAACCCGGGCCAGCAGCAGCCCUACUUCCCAUCCCCUGCCCCCGGGCAGGCCCCCGGGCCGGCGGCGGCCGUGGCCCCCGCCCAGGUUCAGGCCGCCGCUGUCAAAGCUCACCACCACCACCACCACCAUCAGCAGAACACACACCACCUCCCCCAGCAGCUGGACAUCGAGCCCGACAGGCCCAUCGGCUACGGAGCGUUCGGGGUUGUCUGGUCCGUGACUGAUCCCAGGGAUGGAAAACGAGUCGCUCUCAAAAAGAUGCCCAAUGUCUUCCAAAACCUCGUUUCCUGCAAGAGGGUCUUUCGGGAGCUCAAGAUGCUUUGUUUCUUCAAACACGAAAACGUGCUCUCCGCUCUGGACAUACUGCAACCUCCACACAUCGACUACUUUGAAGAAAUCUAUGUCGUGACAGAACUUAUGCAAAGCGACCUACAUAAGAUCAUCGUAUCACCGCAGCCUCUGAGCGCAGACCACGCCAAAGUUUUUCUGUAUCAGAUUCUACGAGGACUUAAAUACCUUCAUUCUGCUGGAAUUCUACAUCGAGAUAUCAAACCUGGUAACCUCCUGGUCAAUAGCAACUGUGUGCUCAAGAUCUGUGAUUUUGGUCUCGCUCGCGUAGAGGAGUCAGACGAAUCCCGCCACAUGACUCAGGAAGUGGUGACGCAGUACUACCGAGCACCAGAGAUCCUCAUGGGGAGCCGCCACUACUCCAGCUCCAUUGAUAUCUGGUCUGUGGGCUGCAUAUUCGCCGAGCUGCUAGGGAGACGCAUUCUCUUCCAGGCUCAAAGUCCCAUUCAGCAGCUGGAUUUAAUCACAGACCUGUUGGGGACCCCUUCAAUGGAGGCAAUGAGGACAGCAUGUGAAGGUGCUCGUGCGCACAUUCUCAGAGGACCACACAAACAGCCAUCCCUUCCAGUUCUAUACACUCUGUCAAACCAAGCAACGCAUGAAGCAGUCCACCUCCUCUGCAGGAUGCUGGUGUUUGAUCCAUCCAAGAGAAUUUCAGCCAAGGACGCCUUGGCCCACCCUUACCUGGACGAGGGGCGACUGCGCUACCACACGUGCAUGUGUAAAUGCUGCUACACCACUUCCUCUGGCCGGGUUUACACCAGCGACUUUGAACCUGUCACAAAUCCCAAGUUCGACGACGGCUUUGAGAAGAACCUGAGCUCUGUGAGACAGGUGAAAGAGAUCAUCCAUCAGUUCAUUUUGGAUCAGCAGAAGGGGAGCCGAGUGCCACUCUGCAUUAACCCUCAAUCAGCUGCUUUCAAAAGCUUCAUCAGCUCCACAGUGGCUCAGCCGUCUGAAAUGCCUCCAUCUCCGCUGGUGUGGGAAUAGCCGAAACCCUCUUUCCCAGCUGACAAGCUGCUAAACUGGGAACAAGAACGCAUCGAACGUCAACCGUCACCUGCAUAGUUUUUCACUGGAGACCAGGACCUCACAGGUCGGACGUUGUUAUGCCGACAUAUGGAGAGAAACUCACUAAUAUUUGUUUUAAGGUGUGAUUUGGAAAGCUUAGCAUAUGUAUGAUGUACUUUUUUUUUUAAAUACCGUCAGCUAAACAUUGUUUAACUUAGCUAAUGAUCAGGACUUCUCUUCAUUAUUGUUAUUUUGACCAUCCAACCCUCCCAAAUCUAACUUGCGUCUUACCGAGACAAGCCGUGUUAUUGUUUUGGUACACUGAAUUUACAUAUUAGCUUUUAGCUUGUGUUAGAAAUGUUGUUACAAGCAAUCUAAUCACCUGUUUGAUUGAUACUUCCACAACAUUUGAUUUAACGCAGACGCAAAUCAUACAAAGAAAAUCAGGUGAAAAUUUGAAAAGGUUUUUAAUUUAGUACUAUUAUUAUGUGCAUAGUUUCUACCUUAUUCCCAGGUAUGCGUGGACAAAAAUGUAAACAUAACAUUUUUUAAACAAACUAGUUCCUGCAUGAUUGGGAAAACAACCCUGCUCACAUGAAGGUAGUGACAAGUAGUUUUCGAGGUUCUUUCAUAUUUUAUUGCACAAGUUUGUCUUUGUCAGGGUUUUUUAAAGUUCUCUGUCCUAGUGACCAAAAUUUGAUCGUUUUAAAUAGAUUACAACGUAGUCUAAGUAUUACUUCAGGCUUUUUAUGUGACGUACAAAAUAUUUAAUACAAUAUCUUUUGAUUUGAUUUUUUUUUCCCCACCACUGAACACCCAUCUAAGAUUCCGCUAUUUAUUAAACAUUAGCAACAUGGCAUUUUUGUCUACAGUCAGGGCGAAAACUUUUAACAGCAUAACUAAAAAGCUCAGGACAGCGUCCACCCAUUCAUUCAUUAAUUCA